CUUCAGGGUUACACCAGCUCUGUACUCGCAUAUGAAGUCGAACUGACUUUAAGGUAGUUAGAGGAGCUAAACCUGACUUUGUCAUUUGGGCACAAUUUCAUGGCUUAAAAUUCGUCUUUUUCUUUCAUCACAUUUUUCUUCAGAAGUCAUGAUUUUCAACAUGAUCAGAGGGCCUCGCGCCGCUUUUGGCACUUUAAUAGUUUCCUUCUACAGGGCAGGUGAGGAGAGGAGUGAUGACCUCAGGGAGCAGAAGACUGUGCAGCAAGCCUGAAGGGGGGGCACCCCAGGCACAACGGCUCGGGUUUAAAUUACCAGGCUACCGCCCAUCGGAAUGGGACAAAAAGAUGCUGUUGUGGUCCGGACGAUUUAAAACUGCAGAUCAGAUUCCAGAGUUUGUCUCAUUCGAGAUGAUUGAUGCUGCCAGGAACAGAGUGCGUGUGAAGGCCUGCUAUGUGAUGAUGGCACUGACUGUGGUGGCGUGCAUUGCUAUGGCUGUCUCUGGGAAGCAGGCGGCAGGUCGGCAUGAAAAUCUAACCUCUCUUAACAUGGAGAAGAAGGCUCGAUGGAGAGAGGAGGCACAGAGAGAAAAGGAGGCCACCGCACUUGCAGGGAAAGCCCAGUGAAGUCUGAGCUCCCAAGGCCCAAGACUCAUCAUACAACACCACAGCCAGUUAUUUAAUGUCAAAUGCCACACGCUAUAGGAACUCUAGUGGAGGUGGUACAGAUUUUCCUUCGCAUAGUAAACAGAUUUUUAGAGUAGUGUAUAAAAUAAAGAUGUGAGAUUUUCCAUGUGUGAUUUUUGUAUACGUAAAAUAAAAUAGUAUUCCACUGCUUUUUGCAUUGAAAGGGCAAAAAUA